AUGGAACUCGAUGUAGCGGCACUGCGGGUGGUUGAGCGGCUGGUUCUACGGCCGCAUGCGGCCACACUCCGAGUUGUUGACAAGGGCAGUGGCGCAGAGCUGGUGCUCAAGACGUCGUGGGCGCCUGCGGCUGGGGCUGCGGCGGCAGCCGAGGCCGAGCUCUUUGCCUGCGCCGAUGCGUACUCGCCGCAUCUGCUGCCGUGCGCCGGUGCUGUGCGCAAUCCGGCCGGCCCGGGCCUCGCUCUGGUAUACCGCUACCUUCCCGGCGGCUCGCUCGACGCCGCUGCUUCAUCGGCGGCAUCUGCGCUCGCUGCUGCGUCCGCCGUCGGCUCGGCGCUCGCUGCUCUGCACGCGGCCCAGGAGUCCGGAUGGUGGUCGGAGCCGAUUGUCCACGGCGACGUCAAGCCGGCCAAUGUGCUGGUGGAUGCCGAUGGCACCAUGAUCCUUGCUGACUAUGGCGUGUCUUCGCCGGUCCGCGCCGCGCGCGCCGAUGCAGGCGCCGACGUGGCUGGCUUUGCCGGCUCGCCGGCGUAUGCCUCGCCGCACGCCACCGCCGGCUACCCGCCCUCGCCGGCCGAUGACAUGUGGUCACUUGGCGUCGUACUUUAUCAGCUUGCCCUCGGCUGCCUGCCGGACUUUGAUGUUGCGACAGGCGCGCUGCUUCGCGGGCUGCCGGACUUUUGCGCCGCGCCGGGCGCGAGCCAGGCUGAUGCUGAGACCCUCCGCGCACUCGUCGCCGGCCUGCUCACCCUAGAUCCCGCCGAGCGGCUGACUGCAGCCGAGACGCUUGCGCUGCUUGGUAUUAAUCCGCCGCCGGCAGCGCCGCCACAAGCUGCGCCGUCGCCAACACAACCGGCGCCGGCUGCACCCGCCCCAGCUGCGCCGUCGCGAGCUGCGCCGCCUCCGGCUGUGCUCCCCUCCUCCACCCGCGAGCGACCACGCGGACGGAUCAAGGUGGCCGGGCGGUCGUCGUCGUCGCUCUCGGCCGAGGAGCUGGCGAUGAUAACCAAAGUGCCACGAUGA